ACGUUAGGGGGAACUUCUGCGGUAGACCGAAACCUCGUUAAGAGGACGACACAAGCCAAGAUGAUUCAAUUAAAGACAAUGCUCAACUGCAUCGACAACUCGGGCGCUGCCCUCGUCGAAUGCGCCAUGGUCAUCGGGCGCAAGGGCGCUGCUCGCAUUGGCGACCGUAUCGUCGUCGUUGUUCAGAAGCACCGAGGCACCGACAAUGCAGGGUCCUCAAGCGCCAACAAGGUUAAGCGUGGAGAUAUGCGACAUGCCAUCGUGGUCCGCACCAAGGCGAAGUCACAGAGACGUGACGGCAGUGUGGUUCGCUUCGACGACAAUGCUUGCGUCCUUAUCAACAAGGCGGGAGACCCGGUUGGAACGCGUAUCAACGGAGUGGUCGGAGCUGAGCUCAGGCGCAAGCAGUGGAGCAAAAUCCUGUCAAUGGCGCCGAUGCAUGCAUAGCGGGUGUGGUGGAAGGAGGCGCAUUGCAAAAUGUGAGCGUCCGUUGCUGUGAGGAAUACUGUAGGAUUGCCGUCUCGGAAGGAGACCGAGGCCGGCGUGUACCAUAUGAAUGCAUGAGCUGGCGUUCAAGGAUAUGAUAUCAGACUCCAAUCAACUCGUUCGUUGUUGC